UCCACAUGAAAGACAUAAUCAUUGUUGGAUUGGACAACUUCUCCAUCUUGGAUUACAUCUUCCUAAGGCCAAAGGAAUCAAAUAAACAUGGGAGACAGACUGCGGCUGGCAAUUGGAGUCAUGGGCAAUGUUACCUCCCUACUGCUUUAUUCUGCACCCAUAUUCACUUUUGCAAGAGUCAUUAAAAGGAAAAGUACAGAGGAGUACUCGUGUGUCCCAUAUAUCAUUGCGCUCUUGAACUGCCUUCUUUACACUUGGUAUGGACUUCCCAUUGUGAGCUACAGAUGGGAAAACUUCCCAGUAGCCACCAUCAACGGUUUGGGGAUACUUCUCGAGUUUUCUUUCGUUCUAGUAUAUCUUUGGUUUGCUUCAACCAGGGAGAAGAUUAAGGUUGCAGUUAUAUUGAUACCUGUCAUCCUAGCAUUCAGCAUCAUAUCAGCAACCUCUGCUUUUAUGAUUCAUAAUCAUCACCAGCGCAAGGCAUUUGUUGGAAGUGUUGGAGUUGUGGCCUCCGCAGCGAUGUAUGGUUCCCCGCUUGUGGCUGUGAAGCAAGUGAUGCAGACAAAAAGUGUGGAAUUCAUGCCAUUCCACUUAUCAUUUUUCUCAUUCCUAGCAAGUUCUCUAUGGCUUGUCUAUGGAUUAUUGGGCCAUGAUCUCUUUAUCGCAUCCCCAAAUUUUGUUGGCAGCCCAUUAGGGAUCCUCCAACUUGUGCUGUACUGCAUGUACAGAAAAAGAGGAAUCGCAGAAGUGCCUAACAAAUUGGAUGUAGUACAGAAUGACCACAAAUCCACACAGUUGGAGAUCAUGGUUACUGAAGAUACUAAAGAGAAGACCUGAAAAUUGUACACUUUUGUGACCCUUUUUUCAGUAAGUAUCUUAGACAGUCUCUGAAACGGUUACAUGAUCGGAGAGUUCGACCACUAGAUGGUUGUUUCUCAAUUUAUCACUCCUAAGUUACUGUUCUUGACUGAAACUAAUCUCUUGCAGUCUUGCUUGUAUUUAUAGGGGAAACCUCAUGCUGCCGCAAACAUAUGAGCUUAUCAGCACCGCAUGGGCCAUCAUAAUCCAGUUCCCUUUGUAUAAUUAUGAAUGUACCAAUAUGUUAUUCCUCUUCUUUAUUACAAUCUGCCUUCAGCUUACAACCACCCACUAGCUUAGCACAGCAGUGACAGAAACAAGUCUCGUCUUCAAAAGUUGGGAUGCAUCAUAAAAUUUGGAGACUAAACCAAUCAAUUGUCACGUGAAAGUUCUAAUCUAGAAGGAGAAAGCAAGGACUUCGAAUUUUUUCAGGACUAUAACUUCUUUACUAAUUGCAUCCUAGAUAAUCCAAUGCAUAUUAAAAAUAACACUAAAAUAGAAAAAGAGCUUACCUCUUAUGAAGGAAAUGAUGAUUACUGCUUCAGCAGAAGUUAAAUCCGUGAGAAAUGCUGUCAUUAUUCUUACUGCAAUCACGCAAUCGGAAUGAAGGAAAUAACUGGAU